AUGCCUGAUCACGGACGGCGAGCCCUGCACCGAGUUUGUGACUCGGCUCACUGCUGGAACGAAGACCACGGCUGCGACUUCGUCGGCCCCCUGGCGGUGCUCUUGCAACACUUCGAGGCAGAGUGCGCCUUCCACACUUCUCAGUGUCAACGUUGCGGCGAGAAUAUUCCGAACGCCAGGCUAGCAGCGCACUACAUCGGCGGGUGCGGUGCUAGCAACUUCUCAUCUGCGACGCUUGCCGAGUCCUCGCAUCAAGGUCAACGCACUGCCGGUGACGUCACUGCAACAGCGCAGGAGAUCGAGGGCGAAACAGGGAACCGCUACGAAGACGAAAUCCCGGUGCUCCAGAGCCAAGUGAACGAACUCACUGAGACUGCAAGAGCCCAGGGCGCUCAGCUUCAAGACUUAAACGCCACACUAGCGGUUAUCCUCGAGGCUCUGAACGCAGCCGUGUCCGCAGCCGCCGAGAAAUUAUCAGACGCUAUCGGCGGCGAAGCUUCGCAGCUACACGAACGCGUGCGCGCUUCGAGAGAGGAGGAAAGCUCUCGGGUUAAUGAGGCUGAGGCGAGUGCAAGCGAAUCAGACGUGCGGCUGUCACUGCAAGGCGAGGCGACGGAUAUCCUUCGAAGUUUGGAAGUUCUCGCUGCCCAGUCUCUGUGGUGCCACGAACGCUCACUCCAAGCGCACAAUGGUAGGCGGUUCAUACCGGAACUUCGUAUUUUGCUGGAGUCGCAAAGUGGGACACCCACGCGUUCGGAUAGUCGAACGUGCACGCCUCGCUGUGAAAAGGGGAAGGAAAUCGUUUACGCGGCGGUUAUAAUCGGUGCGUCGAGACUGCGCGAGUAUGCCCACCCUACCUUGUUUGCUCGGUUUCGUUACCGACGCGCAUGGUGCAGUGUGACUUUUGGCACACCACCUAAUAAUCCAUAUGGAUGGGCGCUGAACUUGGAACACGUGCAGAGCUGGCAGCUGUUUACCACACGUAGUUUCUCUAGAACCGCCGGGGACUUGGUAUAGUUCGUUUCAAUCAGGUGCAACUUACGACCCGUGGCAGCAGGUUUUCUGUAUUCCUGACUUUGAUAGUAAAAGUUACAAUAUGUCCAUGUUUCGAUUUCAAAUCAUCAUACACGACUGUGAGUGACGGCAUCCAAUAAGGUCCGUCACGUGUCGGGGCUUUUCUCGAAGUCCAGCUCUGCCAUGAGUGCUUCUAAACCACCUUUGAUAACCUGCUGUAUGUUGACGCUUAUCUCAAUGCCUCACGUCUUGAAUAAAAAUUACUUUGUGGCAGUCCCUUUAUAUCGAAAAAUGCUUUCAUAGUCAAGACAACUCACCGUUAAAGCCACCAACCAUGCCGUUUUCUUUCCAAACACUGGAAAUAGGCUUAUUAUCUCUGUCAACCAUUAUGGAAUGCCGUUGGAAUUGCGUCCAUUUAUCUGCAUAGAAACGCUGUAAAGGGGCGUUCCACAUCUGUUUCACUUUGUGGUGAAGGCUGCCGCACUGCAGCGUGUUCAGUAUGAAGCCUCAGUGAUUAAAGAUAUAGAUUAUUCUGCUUUGACAAUUGCCAAAAUUGCCCAAAUAUAACAUCAGUGAGGUACACCAUAGAACCCCUCGGCUAUCGCACACGAGGCAGUGUUCGAACACACGCAGUCGAACGCUACAUUUUGCCGCGGAUAUCUCUGUAGUGCUGCCUGUCCAAUCACCUCGUUGACGCGGAAGAAGACCGCGUUCUCGUCGAGAGUGACAAAGGCGUCGCCACUGACAACGAGUGAAUAGCGCAUGCACUCCUCCCUUCACUGUAUUUUGCGAUUCACAGUGACGAUAAAUAAACCGUGCUGCAGGCAUCCGGUCUUUCUU